AUGCCUCGGUAUCUUGCUGAAAAUUAUUUAGAUUACUUAAGACAUCAGCAUAGGGCCUCUAUACUGAAAACUUUGCCAUUUGCCAAUAGUGGAGAAACAAGUUUUCAAGAACUUGACAAAAAAAGAUUUGUUGGUGACAAUGGCUAUGGCAAGACUGAUUCAAAUAAAUGUCUUGUUGAUGAAAUUAACUGUAAGCCACAUAGUUCUGCUGUUGCUGAUGUUGACCCCCAAAUCAAGGGCCGUGACAUCAUCAACUGUGAUGGUGAAGAUGACGAAGAAGAUGAUUACGACAAAGUAGUUUAUACGGAUUCACAAGUGAAGUAUCAGAGUUUGAUUGCUCCCACUGGUAAAAGGAAUGAAGGCAGAAUGAUUAACACUAGAACAUCUCUAGAAUUAGAUACUGAAGCUCAGCACAAUAGAUGCAAUUAUAACGAUAGCGAUUAUUAUGAUUCUAACUACAUUAAUCAUAAAAGAGAUUCUUACAGCGCUAAUAACAUUAAUAGCAAUGACUUUAGCAACAAUAACAUCAAUAGCAUUAAUAAAGUUUAUAAUGUAAAAGAGAACAUAAAAAACAUCUUGAAGAGGUGUAAGAUAUCCAAUGACACUCUCCACCACGCUAAUAACAAUUAUAACAUGAUCAAAAAUAACAAAUGCAAUUUUAAUGUGAAGACUGUCCACACUAAUCACAUCAACAGUAGCAGUAAAUCUACUAAUAACAUUAACAACAGAACAAAUAGAUACAUCAAUAGCAGUCAGGCUAACAACAACAGCAACAACUGUAUUAACAUGAAUAACAACAAUUGUGUCGUUAAAGCAUCAUUCAUGAACAGAACGAACAACAAGCCUGCAGGUGACAAUUUCAAGAAAAAUUACAAUAUAAGAAAUACAAAUAAUAAGGACAAUAAUAAUAAUUAUAGCGGUACUAGUAAAUUAGUUAGCAACAACAAUAAUAAUAAUGUUUGUUAUGAAAAUAUGAUCUGUAAUACUAAGCCUAAUAUUAUUAAUAAUAAUAGUAACACAAGUAGAAGUUAUAGCAAUGAAAAAUCUUGCAAUGCUUCAGUUAAUAAUAACCAAAGUGCUAUUGCGUUAUCCCAAACUGCUUCAAGUAAUGCGACUAAUAAUAACGCAGUAGAUUCAAGAAGGGUCAGAGUAAUUAGUAAUUAUAAUAAAACAUCAUCAUCUGCAUCUUCAUCGUCGUUGUCGUCAUCGUUAUCAAGAUCAAGAUCAUCAUCAUUGAUAUCAUUCUCACCGUCAACAAAGUCCAUUGAUCAUAAGGUACACUUGCCGGCUGAUAAGAUGUUCAGAAACAAAAAUACUGCUGCUACUACUACUACUACUACUACUACUGCUGCUGCUACUACUACUACUACUACUAUUAAUAAUAAUAAUGAUGAUGGUAAUAGUGAUAUAAGCAUCUCUAAUAAUAACUUAAAUAAUAAUCCUCAUUCAAACAGCAAUAUAAACAACAACAUCUUGAACAGUAGUAACAUUAAUAAUGGUAAUAAUAAUAAUAAUAAUAAAUCUAUUUUAACUGAUAAAGUUGUUAUGCCAGAGGUCAUUCAUAUUGACGAUGAUGAUGAGGAGGAGAAUGAUUUUGACAAUGUAGAUGGUGUAUAUAAUGGUGAUGCUGAUAGCCGUGAUGAUAAAGAAGAUGAUUUGCCGAACUCUCCAGUCGGUAAUAAAAUUGGGACGUGUUUUGAGGAGAGGAAAAGGAAAGAUGAUAAAGUUGGUAUUAUCAUUAAUAAUGAUAAUAAUAAUUCCAUUUCCAGCACUACUACUACGACUAUUACUUUUACUGCUGCUACUUCUACUGCUGCUGCAGCUGCUGCUACUACUCCUACUGCUGCUACUAAUGGUGAUGAUAACAAUGUCAGUAACAUUAUCAAUGAAAAUAUAGUUGCCCUCAAUGAAUAUGAUUUAUGUAAUGGCCAAAGCAGAGAAGAUGAAAUGGUUAUUAUUAUAGACGAUGAUUAUGAGGAAAAUGAUAAUGAUAUGAAUAAUGACGUUGUUAAUAAGAAUUAUAACAUACAUAUUAAUGACAAUAUUAAUAAUGAUAACAGCAAUAAUAAUAGUAGCAGUGAUGAUAAUAAUAUUAGCAGUAUAUCAGAUACUGCUGUAGACCAAAAUGGUAUAGUUAGCACCGCUAACAAUAACUUCAAUGUGAUUAACAGUAAUAAUAUCACCAAUGAUGAUAACAUCGAAAACACUAAAAAUAGCAAAGGUAAUGAUGAUGAUAAUAAUAACAUUAAUAGCAGUAAUAAUAAUAAUAAUAAUAAUGAGAAAGUUACCCCUAGCAUGAAUAAGAAUAGUGAUGUUUAUAGUUCAACCGGCAUGAAACAUGUGGCUACUACUAUUACUGCUGCUACUACUACUGCUGCUGCUACUACUACUGCUGCUACUACUACUACUGCUGCUGCUACUUCUACUACUAUUGCCGACGAUGAUGAUGGUAAUGUUGAUGACCGUAACUAUGUAGAGAUCGACGAGGCCGUUGUUAAGUUUAAUAACAUGAAUGUCAUAAAAAUAAAUAAUAAUGUCAAUAAUAAUAAUAAUAAUAAUAAUGGUGAUGAUGAUGAUGAUAAUAACAAUAGUAAUAAUAAUAAUAAUAAUAAUGGUGUUAAUGUUCACCGUAGCAAAAAUGAUGCGAAUAACAAUAAUAAUAAUAGUUGUAAUAUUCUUAACGAUAGCGUUAACGAUAACAACAUUAAAAAUAAUAAUGACAAUAAAAUUGUUAGAGAUGAUGAUGAUAAUAAUAAUAAUAAUAAUAAUAAUACCAAGGAAAAUAAUAAUAAUAAUGAUAUCAAUGAUAGUGAAAAAGAUGGUGCUAUUGUUAUUAAUGCUAUUUUAAAUGAAAGUAUCAGUAAUAACAGUAAUAACAUUACUACCAUUACUGCUGUUACUGCUACUAUUACUACAGCUGCUGCUACUACUACUACUACUACUGCUGCUGAUAUUGCUACUACUACUGCUGCUGCUGCUACUACUACUACUACUACAACUACUAACACGACUACUACUAAUACUUCUGCUGCUAAUGAUGAUGAUAAUAAUAAUAAUGAUGAUGAUAAUAAUAAUAAUAUUGUUAUUUUCAAUAAUAAUAUUAUUAUUGCUAGCAAUUUAAAUGAAUCCAUUAUCAGUAAGAACAACAUUAAUGAUGACAAUUACAACACGGGUAGUAUGAAUAACCACCACGAGAGUAAUAAUUAUAAUAAAUUCAAUGACCUUAACAUAAGAGUUGACCUCAAUGUCAACCAAAGGCACGACCCUUUUAGUGAUAUUGCUAUCAGAAAGGCUUGUAUUAGUAAUAUUACUACUGGUACCACUGCUUUUACUACCGCUGCUAAUGUUGAUGUUAGUAAUCCUACUGUCAACAGGCAAAAUGAACUUUUCAACAUAUCGGAUAAGCGCCUUGAUUGCAUUUUAUUAAAUGAUGAUGAGGACGAUGCAGAGGAGGUCAAUGAUGAUGAUGAUUAUGAAGAUGGAAAUGAUGAUGUUGAAAAUGUGGAGAGGGAUGACGCCAGUCACUGCUUCGACAAAAAUAUCAAUUGCUACUUUGACCAUGACAUCAACAACAUUAACAACAACAGCAGUAGCAACAAAUUUGUCAUUAUCUACUGCUACUGCAGCGCAGAUAACAUCCUCAGCAAAUCCGUCAACAUCCUCAACAAAUCCGUCAACAUCCUCAACAAAUCCGUCAACAUCCUCAACAAAUCCGUCAACAUCCUCAACAAAUCCGUCAACAUCCUCAACAAAUCUGUCAACAUCCUCAACAAAUCCAUUGAUGUCAUCAAUCAUUUCAUCUGGAUCACACACCACAGCGCACGUACACUCACACAAGCACCAAAGCACAGUUUGCCAGACCAAAUCCCAAUGCAUCUAAUGUUUUCAUCAACAUUCAUUCCAAAAUAUCAACGCCAAAAUUUAUCUCUCAAUGAUAAAAUUGAUGCCUUCUUCAACAAUUUGAAGCUUACAUCAACUACCGUUACAUCAAUUGCUGUUAGAUCUUCUGAAAUCAUCAUCAGCCUCAAUACCAACUGCUGCAAUGACUCAUUCAAUGCCGCCAGCAACAACAGAAAUGACAGCAACAACAGAAAUGACAGCAACAUCAACUGCAACCACAUCAGCAACAACCACAUCAACUGCGACCACAUCAACAGCAACCACAUCAACUGCAACCACAUCAACUACAAACACAUCAGCAGCAACCAAAUCAGCAGCAACCACAUCAGCAGCAACUACAUUAAUAACGGCAGCUACAUCAACAACAGCAACCUUACCAAAUACAGAAGUCUCAUCAAUGACAAUAACAGAAACGACAUCGUCAGUAGCAUCAGCCUCAUCAGCCCUUACAUGGCUACCAUCAAAGGGACAUUCGUGCCAUCAGAAGCAGCAGAUUCAACGUCGCCAAUUAUAUUACUCUCUACACCACCAGUGACGUCGGCGAAUGAUGACACAUUGAAAGUGUUGCAACCACCAAAAUGCCCAACAAUGACGACAAGAGGAGUGAUAGAUAAGCACGGCAAAAGAUCUUCAUGUGACGUAUUCAAAGGCACGACUGGAGGCGUGGCUAAUGACGACGAUGGAUGGCCAUUUAAAAGAAAGCGUCAUGUGACUAGAAAUGAUGACAUCAACAGUUGCUACACCGAUUGUCAUCGUUCUUACAGUAACAACUACAACAAUGACUGCAUCAAUAAGCAUUUUAAUGAUGUCAGUUGCAACCAGAACAAUGAUUUCAUAGUUAAAGAUAACGUUAAUGACCAGUCUUAUUUAUUCAGCAGCAACAACAUUAAUGACAUUAUCAUUUUAAAAACUCCUAUUUUGAAAACAAAUGAUAACAUCUUGCUUCAUAACAAUGUCAAUAACAUCAACAAUAAUGAUUUUACUGAUAAAAAUUACAAUAACAAAAGCAUUGGUAAUAACAACGAAACAACAUCAACCAGCAGUGUAGCCGAUGACAUUAACAAAAACGUUGACAGCAAGAACAACAGCACUACCAACAACAAUACCUCCAGUAACAAAAACAGCAAUAAAACUAAAACUCCAAAUAUUGCAAUUGUAACUCCCAAUGUUAGCUUAAACCACACCUCCACAACACCAAGCAACUCAGCAACAAUGUCAGCAACAGCUACAACAACACCAGUAGCUCAGACUUUGGCGAACAACAGCAGCAACAACACAAAACUCAUGUUGCAUCAUUACAAAGACAGCUAUGAUAAGGACAUCAUAUUUGAAAAUGAUGAUAACACUAAAGUUGAUGACAAGAGAGAGAAUAAAGUGAAUCGAAAAGUAGUGGAUAUUCACAUGUCAGACGAGUACAAACACAUCAUAAUGGUGAUUAUGAGUGAGUCAAAAGGCUACAUGAAGCACUUGAAUGAACAUCACAUGAUAAAGAAGGGCAAUGGGGGUAAUGUGGAAGAGGGCGAUGACGACGUCAACAACCUCACUCCAGAUAUGACCAGGUUCAUGUCCAAACAAUUCGAAAGAGCCAGCAAGCCUGGACCAGAAAAAGACGCAAUAUUGAGGUCAGCAGUGUGCUUGCACUUGCUCGUCAGUACGUUGAGUUCCUUGAAGAGCUGCUGCCUGCACAGUUCAUGCAAUCAGCUAAAGGUCAUGAGUGAGCAGAACAGGAAAGUUGUCGGAGAAUCCCUGGAUGAACUGCACGCAUACAUGGCCCAACUAUGUAGCAAGCAUGCAGAACAUGCCAUUCAUCAUCCAAAGUUGACCUACAUGCUAGGUGCAUUGAAGGAUUGGAUGGAUGAGAACUUGAAGUGGAUGACUGAGGAGAGCAAGCAACGAGCUGCAUCUGAUAGGAGGAUCAUCAUCUUAAUUGAUAUGGGUUACAUCAACACGUUGGGCUCGUACAUCUAUCAGUCUGUCGAUCAAUUUCUCAAUAACAACUAUAAUAAUAAUAAUAGUGGUAAUAGUAAUUCACAUGCUAAUAAAUUUCUUGUGACCUUGUGGGUGACCUUGGAGAGUAAUAUGAAAGCCGUGGAGGAGUUGGACGAGAUACUGCGCAAUCAUGCUAUCCUAAUAACGACAUCCUCCGUGCUGGAUAUCCUGAAAUGCAUCAAAUCUCUGAAGAGGUUGCUUCUCCUUGAGUACUCGUGCAACGAUGACGUCACAAUGAAGUUUGACGACGUCAGUUAUGACGUUGAUAUAAUCAGGAUGACGUGUCAGUCUGUCAAGACGGACAUGAAGGAGUACUUUGAAAGUAACAAGAUGUUGACGCUACCUGAAGCAAUAGAGGCAGGAAACAAUUACAAGCUGGUUGUCUCCAGUGAAUUCAUUUCGUCACAUGCUCAGCUGGUGUACCUCCUGGAGACUCAGUUUAACAUGACAACAAUUGAGCGCAACUACGCGUCAUACUUCUCUUCCUCGUCGUCGUCAUCUUCUCCGUUCUAUCCUGACCUCUUAUUGGACCACGAGACAGGGCUGUUGUUGGUAGAAGUCAUUUCAUUGGUGGACACAGUGGCCGUUGAGAAGUAUCUAUACAGGGUCAAUAACCUCAGUCUCAGCAUCAACUUCUGCUGGCUACUCAUCUGCAAUUUCAAUGGCCGCGUGCUCACAGACAAGUGCAUGUCCAACAUCUUCAAAGUUUCGUCUGCCCUGUCCAUCGUUGCACUCAAAAAUCAGGAUUAUCAGAUCAAAGUAGUGUACUGCAGAUCAGAUGCAGAUGUGGCUGCUACAAUAAGAUGUGUCGCUGAUCUUAGGUGGCGCUCUCUGAGUCGUCAGGAAGCUGGAAACAUGGAGCGUGGAUGCGUUGUUGAGCGACAACAUUCCUGGCUGCAGAAAAGUUAUAUUACUGCUGACGCUUCGAAACAUGAGAUAUUUCUGAUGUCCUUCCUCUGCUUCAACUCCAUGAGCUGCCAGAUGAUGCUGGCAUCUAGAAAGCUCGUUGACGUCAUGAAGAUGUCAUUCGUCGAGUUGAAAAUGAGCUUUCCAUACAUGUCAGAUCGAAUUUUGAAGUUGUUUGAUGACACGAAGCGGUCUUUGAGUCCAUUCUAUGAGCAGACGAGACUAGCCGCAGUUGAACUGGAGGAUGAUGAUCUUCAUCGUCACCUCGCAUCUCCACUCUCACAUUUCAACCCUAAUAAACGCCCGUGUGACGUCACGAAUGCUACUAACGAGAAAAAAUUUCAUAUUAGUGACGAGUUCAGCGAGUGUUGCAACCUGAACAAUUUAAACGGAAAUCAAAGUGACUCGUUAGCUCAAUAUGUUUCAGACAAUGACGGCAUGUUUAAUGAAUUUGGUACACAAAAACAUCAGGCAGCUUUUCAAGGGGGUUUUUAUGGCGACGAAGAGGCUUCAGAAAAGAUUCAAAGCAAUUUUGGUAAUUCUUUAAAUUUUGGGAGCUUUCUUACAAAUGAUUCAAAGUGGAAAACGACUGAAGAGCCUAACGAAUACUUUCAAUUGAAUCCAUUUGAGUUGUCAUCUCGUCAUGCAAGCUUCUUUGAAGAAUCAUUCUGUGACAACAACGACGAUUUCAGUAAUUUUGGACGCGACAUUCUUAACGAGACUUUUUCAAGUAAGCCAAAUUGUGCAGACACGCCAUUAGGAGGUUUGUUUGGUGACAUACAUCAUAGCACCAGUGAAAAUCAAACGAAUAUCUCUGGACGUGAUGGCAAUUCUGAUGUUCGUCAUAACCUUUUUGGUGAAUUUUCCAUGCCGUUUAGUAAAGGACCUAGUGGAUUAUAUCAAUAUGAUACAAAUCAGGGCGAAUUUAACCACAGGUCAAGCAGUUACCAGCACAUAAAUAGAGAUACAUCUUCAGAGCAGAUGGAUAGAGUUAAUCAGAAGAAUAAGCGGUUACAGAUUCGCAAUGAAGUUUAUUCCGUCUCCCCCUGCGAAGACAAUUCAAAAAGAAAAGAUUUGGUUGAGCCUGAUCCACAGAGGAUAAACAGCAAAAUCACAGGAAAUAACAGAAAGCUGAUCUUUGAAUACGACGGAAUGAAGAAAGGACAGACCCCUGUUAUGGGUGCCAUUAGGAAAGAAUUUUCCACGUUCUGCGAGAAUGUGUCAAUCCGUGGAAUAUCAAAAAUCGUCAAGUCGAAAUUACUCUACGUCAAACUUCUGUGGCUCAUCGCGACAAUAUCCAGUCUGUCAGUGUUGUUGUGGCAACCCAGGCUUUCCGAAAUUGAUUACGACAGAUUCGCCGAUGAACCAAUCUUCUUAAAAAAAAUAGACAAAUUUGUGACUAAUUUCACUGAAAAAAAUGGUUCGUUUUGCAUUGAAAAUUCAAGUGUAAAAGAAAAAUUGCUUAAGUCAAUGUACUUAACAUCUUUACCAAAAAUUUCUGAUAUUGAAAAAUUUAGACCACCAAUGGUUUUAAAGUACAAAAUGCUGGAUAAAUAUGGCAAAAUUGUUUCCAACGAGAGUAACUGCACACUGAGAAACGUGGAACGAUGGAAUCCAGUUUAUUAUAAAUGUCAUACACUUCAAAUUUUGAGAAGAUGCAACGUGACAUUGCUGGUUGUAAUAUUAUUUUUAAAUUACAUCAACGAAUACAAGAGAAAUUUACUUUCACCUAAAUUUUAUUCGACUGGUGCCAGAAUAAUUGUUCACGGUCGCAAAACUGUUCCAAAUGAAGAACAUGGCUUCAGUAUCAGCGUGGGAACCGAUAGUAAAGUUGCGCUGACAUCAAUUUUCCGGAAAAGAUUGCCUUAUCCCUAUGACAACGAAGGAUGCACGGAUUACGUCAAUAAUAAUGGGAGUUAUUGGGAUGUUUACGACUACCAAUCAUGCAUAUCUACUUGUUAUCAGAAAGUGACACUGAAAAUAUGCAAAUGCCUGAAUGCAAAUAUACCGAUACCAGAAUCUUUCAGUAGAGAAGAUGUGUGCGGAAAUAUGUCCGGCCUUUCAGAUUUAAAUUUAGAUGGUAUUGUAGAUGAUAAUCAGUCACUGAAGUCAUUUUGCUGCAUGAUCAAUUUGAACAGCUCCGUGUUCCAGGAGUGCCAGUGUUUCGAAGCAUGCAGCGAAGUUUUCUACGAUACUUUAGUAACCACCGCUGGCAAGUGGCCUCAUUAUUCCAUUAAGGACCAUUUCUUUAAAACCUUUGUUAAGCCCAUGAUGGAUAAAUAUCCCAGCGUAAAUGCAACUUUUGCGGAGAAUUUGAGACAAUUGAUUAUGCUCACAUCCAACAGCCAAUCAAGACAAAGUGAAAUGGAUUAUGUGAAAUUUUUAAAAGAAAAUCGUUUAAACUCCAACUUCAUGCAGAUCGCAUUCACGUUUGACCAAGCAAGGCCAUUCGUCAUGUCAGACAACGAAGUGUACACGUGGAACUCCAUGAUCUGUCUGGUCGGUGGCACUUUCAGCCUGUGGCUGGGCGUCAGCGUAGUCACUCUCUUUGAAAUUUUUGAACUUGCUGUGCGUAUUGUAAAAAACCUUUUCCACAAGAAUUAG